AUGACAAGAAUACUAUUUGGACAGAGAGCAAUUAAAAGAGAAAAAAAGGAAACUGAGGAUGUGAUUUAUCCGCAUGGAUCGCAUGUACUGGGGGCAUUUUAUAUGGAAAGGCGGGACUCUAUUAGAUUUAAGCUACCCAACGGGAAACUGGGGAUAGUGCUAAAAAGGGGGCUUGAGAAUGACAUAGAAGGACAGAAUACUACUCUGCCUAGAAUUAUGGUAAAGGAAUUCCGUAAGGAUAUAUACGUUGAGCUGCUUGUGCAGGGAACGAAUGAGUCUGGGUAUGAGUGCACUAUUUUUACACAGAAGAUGCUUAAGCCGAAUUCAAUAGUCACUGGGAUAAUUGAAGGUAAAGAAGAAAUAGGAUACAGUGUGGCACUGGGUAUACCAGGGAAGAGUGCCCUUCUAAAAACAAGUAAGACGUAUGAAGAGGGAGAACUUGGAACUUUCCAAGUCACUGCAGUUACUAGUUCUACUUAUAUGCUGGGCGACACCAUAGACAGAGAAAUUUACAUUGGGGAAAAGUCAGAAAUAUCCCCGGGGAUUAUAGUGAGGACAAGUGUGACAGGAAGACCACGGUACGUACUUGGAGAUAUUCGGCCAAGGUACACAAGAAUGCACUAUUCAUACACUGCAGAGGGAAUGACCAUAAGCAAUCUGAUUGUAGAGAGUAAAGAAGAGCUAGUAGAGGAAGACCAGCAGAGUUCAAUUAUUGUAUUUGUCUCUGAGGAUAAGAGUCUUAUACAUGCUGUGCCAGUUGAGGAGUAUGCAAAUGAUAUACACAGAAACCUUCCCUCACCAGACUUAGUUGGGCAGAUACUUAAUGGAGAGGUUGAGCUGGUUAAAAAAACCGGCCUGUCAACUGUUAGGCUGGAAAAUGGUCUACUUUCUGUACUCUAUGAGGAGCAUUACUCAGAUAUUUCUAGAAAGGGUUCUAUGCCAUCAUUCUCAGAGGGGGAUACAAUACAAGUGUGCGUCUAUAUGAUCAAUGGAUACUCAGUUGUAGUUACUGCUAAAGAGUCCUUUAUAAAAGCAGCACAAUCAGACUAUGCUCCAAAGAUAGGAUCAUGUGUUAUAGCCAUGGUAAAGAGUAAUACACCUGUCUCCCGUAUAUGUGAGACCAUUGGAGGAGUCCCUAUUAUUGUUAAAAGAGUAGAUGAUGGGACAGAUUCUGAAAUAGGUGCCAUUAAAUACGUAAAGGUUAAAAAACAUACAGAAGAAACAGGAUACUUCUUAGGAACAAUAAUCAACAAAACCCGCAUUUUAUCACCAGAAGACAAAGAAAACAAAGAGAACGUAGAAAACAAACAGAAGAAAGAAAAGAAGCAAAAAAAAGCGAAGAAGGAGAAGAAGGAGAAGAAAGAAAAAAAGAGAAGAAGGAGAAGACGCGAAUGA